UACUUGUUUAUUUAUUUAAAUUUUUUAUUCCAAUUUUCUUUUCUCCCUUCUCUCAAUGGUUGUUCCCCAAAACAACAACAAUAAUAAUAAAAAGGGGUGGCGCAGCUCCCCCUCCCCCAAUGUCGUCGAAAAUGCCAACGCCCGCUGUCUGUUAUGCCAGCCCGUCGAAUACGAAAUGGGCGCUGACAGAAUGGCAUCUAGGUAUAUAAAUCUUUUCGCCGAGAGGGCUUUGAUAUAAGUAGUAACCAUGUCCGCUUCGUAUCCCAGUCACGCCAUUCCGUGGGUAGAGUUUCGGCUUGCGGCAGGGGGGUGGGCGCGUACAGUAUGUACCUAUAUGUAUGUAUGUAUGACUUUUGUCUGCCUGUGUGUGUCUAUGUGCAUGUGUGUGUACAAUAUAAUACCUAUAUCAUGGAAUAGCAUAGUACAGUAUGGUAUGGCAUGGCAAAUGUCCACGAAAGAGGUACGUCAUGGCGUUGGACUUCGGGAUAGAUCAUUGCUGAAUCCAGUAGUUACAGGAGGAUAUUGUAGAAGUAGUAAGAAGAAUAGAAUAAUGAUAGGUCACUUGGAUGAACGCCUAUCCCGUAUCCACGGCCCCGGUUUGCGCUCGAUGAACGGACAUACUACCCUAAUAGAUGGAUAUCCGGGUUGCGAGGAAAGCCUCGCGUCGAAUAUUGUUGGUUGCGCUAGUGCGCCUACCAAGUCAAGUGGGCUGCUGCGCUGGACGACCUGACAUCUUGGCUGGCAUGCUGCGAAGCGAUCGUCGCACAUAUCUAGUAGUGCACUACAUAUCCGGCGUGUGCGUGGUGUGUGUAAGUCUACUUAUCAGCUUCGUAUAUACAUACCUCAUACAUAGGUGGCUGUAACUCGCAUUCGCCUAGCCUUGCCUCGGCAAAUCCAAGACAAUACGAGCGCAAUGAGCUAGGUAGCGAGCAUAGCGAGCUUUACUCGUCGGG